AUGGAUUGCUCUGAUAAAGUUAUUGUGGCCAGUGAUUUAGGAAACUUGCUGUCCAUGUUUGAGCAAGUUGGACCUCUAAUUGAAUCAGUGAACAGUUCAUCAAGUCAUGUUUUCAUUGACAACAAAAACAUCGACAUCACAUCAAGCAAUGACAACAACAUCACAUCAAUAGCUGAUGCUGUCGCACUACCUGCUGACAUUAACAUCGCAUCACCACCAAACGACAGUUUGUUACAUAGCAUCACAUCAUUUGAUACUACUUCCAAUUUUAAUGUAGUAGCUAAUUACAAUGAUGAGGUCGCCAUAUUUCAACAUGAUCUUGCUUAUGAUGAUGUCUGUGUAGAUGAGUGUGUUAUUUAUGAUUUUGAGACUGAAACUGGCGGUGAUUUUUCUAGACUGGAUGCAAGUUUACAACCAGAAAACACUGUUAAUGAUGAUCAAAGUUGUUUAAAUGACUCAUUCGAUGAAAUUUAUCUUUUGAAUUGCAAGAAUUCAUCCCAUGUAGAUGACAUCAACGCUGAUAAUCAUAUCAAUAAUGAGAGGGUUGUGAUCGCUUGUGAUGUGACUGACAUCACAGAAGCUGCUGACAUAAACAGUCGACAUCAUUCUAACUCACGGCAUCGACAUUUCGAAGGAAGUUUCAUGAAUAGUGAUGAAGACGAUGAUGAUGAUUUGUUGCCUUGUCACGCUCGACAUCAACAACAACUGCAACAAAACCAACGAUCUCAACAAGAUGUGAUGAAACUACAACAAGAUCCAACGCAAGAACAACAUCUAGCACCAUCACAACCACAAAUGCAGACGAUGGCGCCACUUUCACCGCAGUCCUGCAACUUCGGACGUGGAAUUGAAUCGGCCAUUCGUCUGAAGAAGGGUGGAAGAUUUCAAGGCCGAGGUCGUAGCUGCUGUCUGAACAACAAUAAUGACGCCAUUAUCGACAACAACAACAUCAACAACAACCACAACAACAACAACAAUGAUGACGCCACCAAGCCUACCGUCAACAACCACAACAACUUCACAGAUAAAAGCUCAAUCAGGCGGCAGCAGUACAACACCUUACGACGCAAGUGCAGCAGCAGCAAUAGCAGCAACAACAACAACGUCACCAGACGACAAAACUACCAGAAGAAAUCUGAACAAGAGCCAGUAAACGUCAACAUACAUCAAAACUACUACUACAACAAUAUAUUCGAAGACGACGCUGAAGAUGGCUCCCAAAAAUACAUCGAUAAGAUACCAACCUACUACACCGCACUGUCAAGACCUACCAGAGGGAUCGUCAGGAACAUCAGGAUCAACAUCUCCGACCUGGAUUUUCCGGAAGAUGAUGAUGGGAGCAGUUUAAUGUGUGUCGAUGAUAACAUCCUGUUAGAUAAGAUACCUGCCUACCACAGUUGCUUCACAAACAGCACGAAAUACGACGUGAAUGACCUCAGCGUCAACAAUAACAACAAUUACAUCAACAACAACAACAACAAUUACAUCAUCAACAACAACAACAAUUACAUCAACAACAACAACAAUUACAUCAACAACAACAACAAUUACAUCAACAACAAUAGAUGCAUUUAUAGCAACAGUUAUGGCAACCAUGACUUCACAUUCACCUCAGGUCCUGAUUAUGACUCAUACAACAACGACAACAACAACAAUAGUUAUAACGAUAUCACCUGCAAUGACUGUGACGAGUCUAGUAAUAAUAAUAAUAACAACAACAACAACAAAAUGGAUAGAAAGAUAGUGCAUAUAGGCAGGAUACCACGAAGCUGGAGUACUGAUAAGUUGAAGAAAAUGUUUGAGGAGUAUGGGCCUAUCGUUGAAUAUGGCCACAAGUUACCUGGAUGUGAACGCCUGGAUAUAUGCCUUGGAGGAAGGAGGAAGUUUUGUAGGCAGGAUUAUACGGAUUUAGAUGGAAACAUGCAAGUGAAGGAGGAGUUCGUGCCCGGAGUUCUCAAGUCGGAAAAGAGCUUUGAAGAACUUCUAAGAGAGGCCACGAAGAAUAGAUAA